AUGUCCUCCAACAUUGGCCUCGUCGAUGAGUACCUCGCCAAAGGAACAUGGAAGACCGCCGAGAACGCCAACUCAACCUACUCCCACCAAGGACUCAUGCAAUACGUCUCCAAUCAGAUCAUUUCUCAAUACUGGCUCGAGAAGAUCUACACUGAAGAGAUCCGAAAAUAUGACCACGAGAAUCGCUUCCAUAUUCACGACCUCGGCUUUCUAAGCGCGUAUUGCUCUGGUUGGAGCAUCGAGGAUAUCCUCCUGCAAGGUUUUGGCGGCGUUGAGAAUAAGAUUCAAUGCCGACCUGCGAAGCACCUCAACACUGCGCUCAACCAGAUUGUCAAUUUUCUUUUUACGCUGCAAGGUGAACUUGCUGGUGCUCAGGCUUUGUCUAGCUUUGACACUUAUCUCGCACCCUUCAUCCGCAGCGAUGCCCUGUCUUACACCGAUGUCUUCAAAUACGUGCAAAGCUUCGUUUACUCCCUCAAUGUCCCGACCCGAAGCGGUUUCCAAGCCCCGUUCACGAACCUUUCACUCGACCUCAUUUGCCCAAAACGACUCGGCGAUCAAUGCGUUAUCAUUGGCGGCGAACUUCGGACCGAUUGGGUGUACAGUGACUUUCAGGAAGAGAUGGAUGUACUCAACAAGGCAUUUGCUGAAGUCAUGAUGCAAGGAGAUGGAAACGGCAAUAUCUUUUCCUUCCCAAUCCCGACUUAUAACGUCUCUGAUGGGAUUGAUUGGGAAUCGCCUCGGUGGCAGAGCAUCUGGGAGAUGACGGCCAAGUAUGGCGUUCCGUACUUUGCCAACUUCAUCAACAGUGAUCUGGACCCUGAGGACUUUCGGUCUAUGUGUUGUCGAUUGAGGCUUGAUCUCAGUAAGCUUCACUGCAGAGUCGGCGGUCAAUAUGGCGCAAGUCCGUUGACUGGCUCUGUUGGAGUCGUCACGAUCAAUUUGCCCAACCUGGCAUACCGAUCGAAUGGUUCGAAGGAGAGGUUCAUGACAGAGUUAACCAGCACGUUAAGAGUGGCCAAGGACUCUUUGGAGAUCAAGCGAAGACUGGUGGACGAGAAUUCGACGCUAUAUCCCUACGCUGCCCAUUACCUGUCAGCCACCAAGCAUCGCACGGGUUCCUACUGGACCAAUCACUUCAGCACCAUCGGCGUCAACGGUAUGAACGAGGCACUCGUCGAUCUUCUUGGCGAGGGUAUUGGCCAGAGACAAGAUUUUGCCCUUGAAGUUCUAGAGUUCAUCAAGGACCAACUUCAGGAAUUCCAGAAGGAAACGGGUAACCUCUACAACCUCGAAGCUAGUCCGGCCGAGAGCACAUGCUACAAAUUCGCCAAGCGCGACAAAGAACUGUUCCCCGAUAAAGACAUUCCUACGUACUACACCAACUCCACAAUGCUACCUGUCGAUACAACUGAAGAUCUCUUCGAAGCUAUGGGCCAUCAGGAGGCCCUUCAGUGUUCUUACACUGGUGGAACUGUCUUUCAUGCUUUCCUCGGUGAACAGCUGCCGAGUUGGAAGUUGGCUAGAGACCUAAUCAAGACUCUCACCGCACGCUUUCGCAUCCCAUACAUCACACUCACUCCAACGUUCAGUAUCUGUCCGACACACGGAUACAGAGCCGGUGAGCAGCCAGAGUGUACAGCAUGCGGGGAAUUAACGCUCGUUUACUCACGCAUCGUCGGGUACUUCCGGCCCACGAGGGACUGGAAUCGUGGCAAGUCGAAGGAGUUUGUGCAGCGGAAGGUGUACAAGUAUGAGACUGGCCUGGAGCGCCUGAGCAAUGACAACAAGCUUCAAGAACUGGAGAAGCAAGUCGCUGCGAUUCAAGAUCUCCCUGUGGCUGGCUAUAUCAAGAGUACUCUGAGUGACUACCCUGGCAAGAUGCAGGCUUCCAUCAUGUUUACAUCUCGCUGCAACCUCGCCUGCCCUUGGUGUCACAACGGUCCGUUAGUUCAAGGAGAGUGUGACGAUGUUACCAUUGUAGACGUCUUCCGUCACAUUACAUCAACGUCUCACAAGUCGCUCGUUGUUUCAGGCGGUGAACCCACCAUCCACAAAGGUCUCCUCCCCUUCCUCAGAAUCCUCAAGGCCGCUGAGAUCAGCAUCAAGCUCGACUCAAACGGCACAUCCCCCGAGGUCCUCAAACAAGUCUUCUCCGAGAAUCUCGCCGACUUUGUCGCGAUGGACAUCAAGUGUGCUCUGGAGAACUACAAACGUGUCACGGGUAAAAAGGUCAAGCCGAAGCUUCUCGAAGCUAGCAUCGAUCUUAUCAAGAGUAGUGGAGUACCUUAUGAGUUUCGCACGACGGUUGUACCGGAAUUAGUUGAUGUUGAAGACUUGUUUGAGGCGAAGAGGUUGUCGGGGAAGAAGCUGACGAUGCAGAAGUUUAGGAAUGGUGAGACAUUGUUAGAUGAGAAGUUUAGGACGUUUCAGGAACAUACGGAUGAGGACUUCGAUAAGUUGGUGAGUCAGGUUGCAUAG